AGACAAGUGCACAACUUUGGAACGGAGAAGGAUAAAAAUAACUGCAGAAACAGGCAAUAAAUCAAAGGGGUCAGAGGAUUAGAGCUGAAUGAUGGAUGGUUUACUGAAAAUGGCUGUCAUCAGGCGCUACUCAGAUGUGAUGACAAUGCCGGACUCUUUCAUUCAGCGCCAGCAGCUGGAUGCCAGCAUGGCUGACACCUUCCUGGAGCAUCUCUGCCUGCUGGACAUCGAUCAGGAGCCAAUCACAGCCCGCAACACCAGCAUAAUCUGCACAAUCGGUCCUGCCUCUCGAUCCAUUCCCAGGCUCCAGGAGAUGGUCAAAGCGGGGAUGAAUAUUGCUCGCCUAAAUUUCUCUCAUGGAUCCCAUGAAUACCACAGCCAGACCAUUAAAAACAUCAGGGAGGCGGUGGAAACCAUAACCUCUGACCCUUUGUACUAUCGACCCGUGGCCAUCGCUUUGGAUACGAAAGGCCCUGAGAUCCGCACUGGAUUGGUUAAAGGGAAAGUGGAGGAAGAGGUGGAGCUGGUGAAGGGCAGCCAUGUGCGAGUGGUGACUGCAGAGAGUGACAAAGACAAGACAGACGGGAAGGUAAUCUGGGUGGACUAUCCGAACUUGCCUAAAGUUCUGGAAAAGGGAAAAAGGAUUUACAUCGAUGAUGGCCUGCUUGCACUCAGGGUAUUGGAAAUAGGCUCUGAGUGGGUGGAUACAGUGGUGGAGGCCGGUGGAGUCCUCUGCAGCCGUAAAGGUGUCAACCUGCCCAGCUGCGACCUGAUAGGCCUGCAGGCGGUCAGCGAGCAGGACGAGGCUGACCUGAAGUUCGGUGUCUCCCACGGUGUGGACAUUGUGUUCGCUAGCUUCAUCCGUUCAGCCCAGGAUGUGAAGGACGUUAGACGUGCUCUGGGGGCUCAUGGUCGACAUAUCAAAGUGAUCAGCAAGGUGGAGAGCAGACAAGGGGUUCAGAACUUUGAGGAGAUCCUGGCUGAGAGUGAUGGUGUAAUGGUUGCUAGGGGCGACCUGGGGAUUGAGAUCCCUGCUGAGAAGGUCUUCAUUGCCCAGAAGAUGAUGAUUGGGCGCUGCAACUCUGCAGGAAAGCCAGUCAUUUGUGCCACACAGAUGCUGGAAAGCAUGGUUUCUCACCCGCGCCCGACCCGAGCAGAGAGCAGUGACGUGGCCAACGCUGUGCUCGACGGAGCCGACUGUGUGAUGUUAUCUGGGGAGACCGCCAAGGGACUCUUUCCUGUAGAGGCAGUGGGAAUGAUGCACUCUAUCUGCAGGGAAGCUGAGGCUGCCAUCUACCACCACCAGCUGUUCGAGGAGCUGCGUCGGCUCACCCCUCUGUCCUCUGACCCCACAGAAGUCACUGCAAUUGGAGCUGUAGAAUCAUCCUUUAAAUGCUGUGCUGGGGCAAUUAUAGUCCUCACCACCAGUGGCAGGUCUGCACAUCUUCUGUCUAGGUACCGGCCUCGCUGCCCAAUCAUUGCCGUCACCAGAAGCCCUCAGGUGGCCCGUCAGUCCCAGCUGUUAAGAGGAGUAUUUCCUGCUCUUUUCCACCCUCUUCCUGCUCCUAUCUGGGCUGAUGAUGUUGACAACAGGGUCAACUUUGGCAUGGAAAUAGGGAAAGCAAGAGGAUUCUUUAAGACGGGUGACAUGGUGAUUGUGGUGACGGGCUGGAUCCCAGGGUCCGGUCACACCAACAUCAUGAGGGCAGUGAGCGUCCAGUGACAACUACAUACCAGACUUAAAAUAUGACCCCCGAUCGGCCCUGGGAAAGCUUUCUGGGUUUAAUAAUUGAUUAUGAUGUAGUGAAAAGCUAAAGAAUAGCACAGAGAGCUGUGUCACAAAAGCACUAUCUCCUGUUUGCUGUAUGAUAAUGAAACAUGUACCUCUGAAGCUGGUCUUAUGCAUGUUGAAUAACUCCUUCAAAUAAAACUUGAAGC